AUGUGGAACCGCUACAUCGCAGCGCUACUUCUGCUCACCAGCGGUAGCAAUGUCCUUGCGAAGCAGCGCACGACAGACGAGUUUACCUUCAGCUGCGAUCCAUUGACGACUCAACUGUCCGACCCGAUAGUCGCGCCGGGAAAGCCAUCUACGCAUACACAUGUUGUUACUGGGGGGACAGCAUUCCAGCGAACAAUGAAUGAGAGCACAGCGCAGAAUGCAAAGGGGACAACGUGUGAAGUGGAUAUUGAUAGGAGUAAUUACUGGGUUCCGCAGCUUUAUCAUCGCAUGAGGAAUGGGUCGUUUGAACUCGUGGAGUAUCAGUCCAGUGUAGGUAUUGCUUUGGACUUCAUUGAGAGUCCUGGAAGCUUGGUUGAGGAUCGAAAGGAACUGGCUAAUGAGUUAGGUAGACUGAUUCCGCUGGCGCCGCCGAAAGGUCUGCGCAUGCUUGCUGGGGAUCCGAGUCUUCGGACCUAUAAUGAUUCGAAUUGGUCCCAGCGUGCCAUCAGUCAUAUGUGCAUUGGCAAAGAUGGAAGCUCGAAUGAGACAAAAGGCUUGCCUCAGCAGCCUUGUGAAAUGUUGAGGUCGCAGGUUUUUAUGCCCUCCUGCUGGGAUGGAGAGAACCUGGACAGCUCAGAUCAUAAGAGUCAUAUGGCGUACCCCGACAUUGGAGACUAUAACAAGGGCGUUUGCCCCAAGUCGCAUCCCGUUGCGAUAUAUUCCAUCUUUCUGGAAUUCUUUUUCAACACAGCACCCCACCCAGACUACAAGAACUGGAUAUAUGCGACAGGUGAUAAAACCGGAUACGGCUUGCACGGAGAUUUCAUGUACGGUUGGACAGACCAGGUCGCCUUGCAGCAAGCUAUAGACACCUGUACCGGUCCACAAGGAUUGACCGACCCAGACUGCUCGAUAACGAGGAACCAAACAAGAGACUUGGCCCCAAUGCCGCAGCCAUUGGAUGUUCCUGCACCGAAGGACAAUAUCGGUCAACAUGGCCCCGUUAAUAGAUUGCCCGGUCACCGUAAUUGGGCGACUAAGUAUGACAAUUCAACAUUGCAUGGGUGA